AUGCAUCGCUUUUUAGACUCGUAUCUGGAAGCGUUCAACCACAUUUAUCCAUUUUUAAAGGAAGAUGAGAUCAACGACCUGAUUGAGCAGAAGCUUCAUCAGUCUGUGCCACAAGGCAAAGGGGACAUUGAAUUGGCUCUGCUCUUCCUCGUAGCAGCUCUAGGAGCUAGGAACCUUGAACGAGGACUCGACACCGAUCUGCGUUCAGACCGCUAUUUGGCUUCUGCCAUGGCCGAAAUUGGUCCAUUACAGCUUUACGAUAGUCUUAAAGGUGUCCAGAUCAUGCUUCUUCUCGUGCUGGUCAGCUUAUGGUUUCCGAAAGGAUUGAACGCUUGGUAUCUGAUGGCGACGAUCAUUGCUAGCUGCCUGGAUUUGGGACUGCAGCGGAAGCGAGUAUCGAAACAGCAAGGCUUCGAUGCUGAUGAAGAGGACACCCGAAGCAGCAUAUUUUGGUCAGCAUACUCGCUUGAGCGUACCCUCUCAACAACGCUUGGACGACCGCUUACCCUACGAGAUGAAGCAGUGGACAUAGAGUUUCCGGGAGAAACGGGAACGAAUUACUCUUCAUACCCUGCAACUGUCAUCCCAUCUCCAUUGCAGGACCUUGACUUCUUCAGCGUACAGUCCUUUACUGCUCCUCAGGUGGCUAGUCCGUCUGAAGGACCCCCGUUGAAAAAAGUUCGCAUUGCAAGCACGAACAAACCGGACUACGCCGCUGGGAGGUUCUCUUUCCGCUUUGACAGACUGACAGCCGAGAUCAAACUUAUGCAAUACCGGGUGGUACAGCUGCCUUCGCGCUUUCCAUGGCCCACAGAUCUUGGUAGCUGGCAGCAGGAAGCGUAUGAGGCAUGCAAUGGUCUUCUCGCAACUGCUAGACGAAUCCUGUCGUCGCGCAGCUUGUCGCAUGGACGAUCACGACGUGCGCUUCCCACGAUCGAGCUAAAAUAUCACCAGUGUGUUCUGCUACUAUUUCGGCCAAGUCCCGCGUUUAGGAACCCUACAGCGGAUGCGUUAGCUAUCUGCCACAUGUCUGCACUUGAGGUCCUCAAAAUUCACGCUGAACAGCUCAAAUUCGGAGAGCUGGCUGACACAUGGCUCACUGCGCAUUUAGUGUUCAUCAGCGGCAUCACCGUCAUAUAUACAGCGUGGGUCCUCCCAGGUAUUGGGAAUCGGGCUGCUAUACCGGGUUCUAGCAACUUCACUACACUAGACAGGUCCGUUACAGAAGCGCUUGAAAGCGGCAUCAAAGCUUGUUCGGAUUUACUUGAGCAUCUCGGCCAGACAUGGUCAGUGGCCAGAGAUGCCAAGGAAAAGUUCGAUAGCCUUGGUUCAUUGACUCUUGACGCAAUGCGAAACGGCACUAUACAGUUUGCUACCGCCCUGAAAACACAUUCGAGGCCACCUGCGGCACCGGCAAUACAGUCCGACGACACCACCUUGCCAUCUAGGGGUGAACUGGAUACAUCCUGGAUGAAUGCAGGGGACGGCUUCGUCUUCGGUGAUUUGCUUGAUCCACCGGACUUCUUGGAUCAACUGGGAGACUUCUCUACAUCGUAUGACUUUGCAUGGAUGGCCGAUCCAUCAAAUGCUCUUUGA